CUCCAUUCCGGCCAUGGCCGCCAUCGUCGAGAACGUCAUGGGCUGGCGCCCCGGCGGUGUAAAUACCGUGGCAAGUGCCGCCUCCCUCUCCCCCGCCGUCGACUACGACGGCGAGGACCGCAUCAGCGCCCUCCCCGACGACCUCCUCCGCAGCAUCGUCUCACGCCUCCCCGUCAAGGACGCAGCCCGCACCGCCUCCCUCGCCUCCCGCUGGCGCCACCUCUGGCGCUCCACCCCGCUCUCCCUCAACGACGCCGACCUGCCCCGAUCCGUCGUCGCCCGCGCCCUUGCCGACCACCCGGGCCCCUUCCGCGCCAUCCACAUCACCCGCUGCCGGUUCGCGUCCCACGAGCGCGAGAUCGCAGAGUGGCCGCGCCUCUUCGCUGCCAAUGGCAUCCAGCACCUCGUCCUCGUCAACGACGCCGACCUCGCCAGGUUCCCCCCCGACGCCAUGCGCCUCCCCGCGGACAUCCUCCGCUGCGCCUCACUCCAUCGCCUCUUCCUGGGUUUCUUCACGUUCCCGGACACCGCUGGUCUCUCCCGCCGAGCCGACGUCCUGCCCCGCCUCCAGGAACUCAGCAUGUUCACGACCAGCAUCAGCGACGAGGACCUCGACUACAUGCUCGCUUGCAGCCCGGUUCUGGAGAAGCUCGCGUUCGUGCUCAGCUGUACACCCGAUUUCAUCCAUCUACGGAGCAGAAGCCUCCGGUGCGUGCUCCUCUGGAUCUUCAUGGCAGACGAGGUUGCCGUGGUGGAUGCCCCGCUCCUGGAGCGGCUCUUCUUGCUGGAAGCGCCCCGUGGAGGACAUGCUGAGAGUACUAUGAUGAUCAAGAUUGCUCAUGCGCCCAACCUGCAGGUGCUCGGCUUCUUGGAGCCAGGAUUUCACCGGCUGCAGAUCGGCGACAAUGUCAUUGAGCCUGGCACAAAGCGGAGCCCAAGCACAGUGCUUCCAAGCAUCAAGAUAUUGGCAUUUAAAGUUAAUUUUGGUGUCAUAGAGCAUGUCAAGAUGCUGGUGGCCUACCUCAGAUGCUUUCCCAACAUUGAGACGCUGCACAUCGAGUCUUUAACUGAACCCACUGGAAGGAACCAUGCCAAGUUCUGGCACGAGCUCUCUACUAUUGAAUGCAUCAAGUCCCACGUCAAGAAGAUGGUUAUCCAUGAAUACAGAGGGAACAAAGUUGAACUUGAAUUCCUUAAGUUCAUCUCCACGAGCGCGCAAGAGCUCCAAGCUUUGUAUGUUCUGCUGAACAGAGAGAGUCUUACUUCGGUGGCCAAGGCGGAUAAGAUGACAAGCAAACUGGUGGCUCUCUCGGGUGUACCAUGGAGCUGUGAUUGUAAGAUGAUGGUGCUAGGCCCUAAAUUUCAGAAUGACUGGAGCAUCCAGAAAGCAUCUGAUCUUACCGUCGACGACCCUUUCCAUUGGCAAGACUAUAAUGGACCAUUAACAUUGCCUACUCGUCCCAAACCAAAAAAACUUACGCAGAUGCGCGACGAGAUGCGCCGUUCAUACAUUCCGGCCAUGCUGAUGGCCACCAGCUUGCUACUCAUGGCUGCUUCAUCUCCUGCUCCGAGCAACAGCACCGACCUUGCGGCGCUGCUGGCUUUCAAAUCCCAGCUCUCCGACCCUUCGGCUACCAUUGCCAAUAACUGGACAACUUAUGCGUCCUUCUGCAGCUGGACCGGUGUGUCGUGCAGCCGCCGUCACCACCAGCGUGUCACUGCUUUGGAGCUGCCGGACAUUCCGCUUCAUGGAGAGCUCAGCCCUCACCUCGGUAACCUCUCUUUCCUCCACACCAUCAACCUAACCAACACAAACCUCACUGGUUCUAUCCCAGCUGAGCUUGGAAGAUUAGCUCGUCUUAGGUAUCUUGAUCUUGGCUACAAUAGCCUGUCGGAUACAAUCCCGUCUAGUGUAGGAAACCUCACGAAGCUCCAAUUUCUUGUCCUAAAUUUCAACCAGCUCUCGGGGCAGAUCCCCGGUGAGGUGCGAAACAUGCGUAGCCUUAGGUACUUCUCUCUCGUAACAAAUUCCAUUACGGGCCUCAUGCCGAAUUUUUCAUUUGACAACACACCUUCACUGAGCUACAUAAUUAUGAUGAACAACAGUCUGUCUGGCCCAAUACCAUCUGGUAUUGGCUCCUUGCUCAUGCUCAAGUUUCUUUACUUGAAGUGGAACCAGCUCACUGGUCCAGUACCUCCUACCAUCUUCAACAUGUCGAGGAUUGUUGACAUGCGUCUGGGGAACAACAAUCUAACAGGUCAUAUACCAGAAAAUAGAAGCUUUAGCCUCCCCAUGUUGCAACAAUUUGAUCUCUAUCAGAACAAAUUCGAGGGUCAAAUUCCAUUGGGCCUUGCAUCGUCCCAGCAUCUUCAGCUACUUUCCGUUGCUGCAAAUCUAUUUGUGGAUGUGGUGCCGGUAUGGCUGGCUAAGCUACCACAACUUACGCUGAUUUCUAUGGGUGACAAUGCCCUAGUUGGCCCGAUCCCGCCUGUGCUUGGAAAUCUCACCAUGCUCAACUUCCUUGACAUCUCGUACUCCAACAUAAGCGGAGAUAUUCCUGUGGAAUUGGGAGAACUGAGACAACUGACUUGGUUGCACCUUUCGGACAAUCAACUAACAGGUCCCUUACCAGAAUUUCUAGGAAAUUAUUCAAAAAUGUCUGUCUUAAGUUUGGGAUGGAAUCGGCUGACUGGACCAGUACCGUCAACACUUGGAAAUAACAGGCCUCUAGUGUAUCUUGAUAUUCGAGAGAAUCAUCUCCAAGGGGAUCUUGGUUUCUUGGCCAGCCUUUGCGAUUGUCGGCAACUUCAAACCCUUGCCAUAUCAAAUAAUCCUUUCUCUGGGAGUAUCCCCAGCUAUUUCGGUAACCUCUCGACUAACCUGGUAGUAGUUGAAGCAAAGAAUAACCAUUUGGUUGGUGGGAUUCCAGAAACACUAUCAAAUCUUAGUGGUCUUCGUCUGAUAAGCUUUUCCAACAACCAUCUUACCAAAGAAAUACCAGAAUCCAUCUCUAAGUUGGAGAAUCUCCAGGCACUUGAUCUCGCUGGAAAUAGAAUGGUUGGCCAAAUCCCUGUACAAAUUGGUAUGCUGAGAAAUAUUGUAGAGUUACAACUCUCGGACAAUAUGUUAUCUGGCUCCAUACCAUAUGCCAUGGACAACCUCACCAUGUUAGAGCACGUUUCAUUAUCUUAUAACCAUCUAUCUUCGACAAUACCAUCAAGCUUCUUUUAUCACAGUAACCUUAUCCAACUAGAUCUGUCACAUAAUUCCCUAACCGGUACAUUACCUUCUGAACUUAGCCAUAUGCAAAGUAUGGACGUGAUGGAUCUUUCUAGUAACCUCUUGGGUGGUAGCCUUCCAAGUUCAUUCGGACAGGUUGCCAUGUUAUUAACCUACCUAAAUCUUUCACACAGCUCAUUUAAGGGUUUAGUCCCAAACUCUUUCGGCCGCUUAACCAACUUAGAAACAUUGGACCUAUCGUCAAACAAUCUUUCAGGUACAAUACCAGAAUACCUCGUUAACUUCACCUACCUUUCUUCUCUGAACCUCUCCUUCAAUAGGUUAGAAGGGCAAAUACCAAAUGGACGUGUUUUCUCAAACAUCACCUUGCAAUCUUUGAUGGGGAAUGUUGGGCUAUGUGGUGCUCCUCGUCUAGGACUGUCACCGUGUCCGCACAAGUCUCACUUGACUUAUAGUCGACACAUCCUCAAAUUUAUACUCCCGGUUGUCAUCAUUGGAGUUGGUGCAUUUGCAACCACCAUGUACCUAAUGGUCAGAAAGAAAAAUAAGAAACAAUCUUAUGGUACGGCUUCUACUAGCAUGACUGAUCUGAUCAGCCAUAGGUUAGUAUCCUACCAUGAGAUUGCUCGUGCCACUGAAAAUUUCAAUGAGGACAACCUACUUGGUACCGGUAGUUUUGGCAAAGUUUUCAAAGGCCAACUAGAUGAUGGUUUGGUGGUUGCAAUAAAAGUGCUCAAUAUGCAAGUCGAGCAGGCUGUGAGGAGUUUUGAUGCUGAAUGUCAAGUGUUGCGCAUGGCUCGGCAUCGCAACUUAAUACAAAUAUUAAAUGCGUGUUCCAGCCUGGAUUUCAAGGCACUGCUCCUUCAGUACAUGCCCAAUGGUAGCAUGGAGACACACUUGCACAAUGAAAUAAGGGAACCACUAAGAUUCAUCCAGAGAUUGGACAUUAUGCUUGGCGUGUCAGAGGCAAUGGAGUACCUGCACCAUCAUCAUUUCCAAGUUGUCUUGCACUGCGACCUGAAGCCUAGCAAUGUGUUGUUCGAUGACGACAUGACGGCGCAUGUUGCCGACUUUGGCAUUGCAAAGUUACUUCUACGUGAUGACAACUCCAUGGUUUCAGCAAGUAUGCCGGGGACAAUUGGGUACAUGGCCCCUGAGCUAGCAUUCAUGGGAAAGGCAUCACGAAAGACUGACAUGUUCAGCUUCGGGAUCAUGUUGCUUGAAGUCUUCACAGGGAAGAGGCCCACAAACGCUAUGUUCGUUGGAGAAUCUAGCCUUAGGCAGUGGGUUUCGCAAGCAUUUCCAGCAAAGCUCGUUGAUGUUUUGGAUGAGAAGCUACAGCAGGGUGAAGAAAUGAACCUUGCCUUCCAUCACCAAACAAUUAAUACUUCAUCGUCGUCAUCAUCCAUUUCCUGCAAUGGAAACUUUCUUGUGUCGAUAUUCCAGCUGGGUCUAGAGUGUUCGGACGAUUCUCCCAGUCAGAGGGCAAGCAUGAGCGACGUGGUCGUGAGGCUCAAAAACAUUAAAAAGGAUUACUCUGCUUUCAUGGCAGCAACUCAAAGCGCGCAACAACGUUCAUGAGAUAAUGUUUUAGUGCGUCUAUGUAGUGCAUAAUUUUCACUUUUCCACUCAUAUGGUAGUUAUUUUAAGAAAAUAGCAAUACACCUGUGGAAAGAGGAUUUUCUGCAACUGGUUGCCGGUGCAAGUAAUAUUCUCUCUCCUCUUCAUUUUUUUCUGAUUCUCAAAAAAUGUGAAAUAAUUCAGGAAUGUUAGUAAUGCUACGUAAUGUGUACUUGUAAAGAUUCAUCCAAUAAUGCAAUGAUUUGUGAAUUAGACAAAAAUGACAAGA